AUGGAUAUAGUUUUGAUAUAUUUAAUCUCCUAUUUACAAAUACAAAGUGGGUAAAUGGAGACAAAAACGUUAAAAACUAGAUGUUGGAACCGAGCUGUCAUAUGAGCGAGUCCUGUAAGUAUAUUUCAGUUGAAGAACGAGUCUUCCGCGCACAAAACCGAGACAGAUUAGAUGGGUUGCUUUGGGUGCUUUGAUGGUGGCCAGAAGCAACAACAGAGGAAAGAACAAGAGCGUUUAGCUUCCCAAGAAGCUCGUGCUAAAGCCGCUGAAGCUGCACAAAAAAGGCAAGAGGAAUUUGAUAAGUCCGCUGCAGGAAGAGCUGCACGUGCACAACAAGCUGCUAUUGCUAAACAAUCGGCCAACACUAACAGAGGCGAACCAGUUCUAAAGUGGCAGAUGGGAUGACUGAUGAGUGAGCACUCUCAGUUUUCUUUCGACUAUUUACUUGUAUAUCGGAGAAAUAAUGAUCAUGUGCAUAUAACAAUCUUUUUAGCGCCACAAAACCUGAAAUUUUCAGGAUUGUAAUGUAAUCUACAGUGAAGGCGUUUUUUCCCAGAGCAGUGAAGGCGUUUGUAUGUAAAGCAACUGGUAAUAAAAGAUGAAAAGUGUGGAUAGUGUGCUUAAAUUAAAGAUUUUGUUCUUAGGUUAUAUGUCUCCUUUACAUUGUUUGUUUUUAAUAUACAUUGGGGUUAACAUACUCGACAUAAAGCUUUUAUUCGAUUGAUACUGCUUUCUUCA